GAUUUCUCUCUCUCGAGUCUAACACAGUAAAAAUGCAGGGACUGGCUAAAAUCCUGUUUCUCGGCUACUGAAAGCUUCUCCUCUGACUUCGUCGAGGGAGCGGGUCCUGUUGGAGCUCUGAGUGUUAGGAGGGGAACAGCUGGAUGGAAGGAGAAGGAGGGUGUAAAGGAAAUCCCAGUGCACUUGCGUCUGGGUCACUUCCCCCUCCGAGAGAAAAACACCAGUCUGAAAGCGGAGAUUGCUGCAGUUUAGUAGAGCGCCUGGAAGAGACACAUACAGACAUUAUGGGUCUGUCCACUGGUGACCAGGGAAAGGAAGCUCCACAGCCGGACAGUGCUGCUGUUGGCCUCAGAGCCGCUGAGCACAUCUCCAGCACUAAGCUGUGCGGCUAUCUCCACAAGCAGGGCGGCCCGCUCAAAGCCUGGAAGUACCGAUGGUUCACCUAUGAGGAAAAGAAGUGCCAGCUGUUCUACUAUCGCACAGCCCAGGACUUGAAUCCACUGGGCAAGGUGGAGUUGUGCAAUGCCACAUUCAGUUACCCACUGCAAGGAGAGGAGGGCACCUUUCACAUUCAGACACCAGAACGCAUAUUCAUACUUAAGGCUGCAAAUCGAGAUGCUAAAAUGUACUGGCUGCAGCAGCUGCAGUUGAGACGAUGGCAACACAGAGAUCAGCUGAGUGCAGACUCCUCCCUGCCCACCUCAGAGAACCUCAUGCAGAAUGGUCAGCAGCUCUUAGACACCUGCCCUGCAAACUUCCUGCCCACAGUGAUGAUUCCCCCAGGUCUGGUUGGGGAGGAAGCUGCUAAUCUACCGGUGCAAACCAACCCCCUCAAUGUCUCCAUCAAACACCCGCUCAUCGAGAUACAAAACUCAGUACAAAGCUUGCUUCUUCGUCGGACGUCUCAAGAUUUACGUCGGAGUGUAUUUUGGUUGGACUCUUUUACCACUGAUACCUCCAAAACAAACACCCCCAAUAUUCCCUCAUCCAACAUACCCACCAUUGCAGUCUCUCCAGCCCCAAUGUCACCCCAGAGCCCAGUUCAGUCUGCAGAGCCAGAAAGUGAGAGAGCACAUGAAGGCCUGCAGUACCCUGGUUGCUCGCUGUCUCUGCCCAAUGGGAAAAAGAAGAAAUGCAACUCAGCCACCAUGCCUGUAGACCGCAAAGAAGCAAGCAUCCUUGAACGUGCUUCCCGCCUCCAGCAGGAAAAACUGACUCUGGCUGAGGAGGUCAAAGCCCAGAAGGAGUUGGUAUGGCUGCUGCACAAAGCCCUGGAGGCGGCUCAGCUGGAGAAGCGUGCAUGCGCUCAGUUUCUGGCAGCAGAGGGUGAGCAAGAGCGUCUGGAGAUGCUGCGGCAUGGUGAGCGCUGCGCCGCUGACCUGCGGGACCAGCUGGAGCAGCUAAGGCGCGAGAAUGAUAGUCUACAGAGGAGCCUGAUCGAGCGGGAUGCACACGUGGCUGAGCUGCAGGACAGUGUAAAGCUCCUCAUGGAGAAGAACCAGGCCAAGCAGGAGGUCAUCCUCAAACUCUCUGAACAAGUGGCAGCAUGCAUAGCUGACCCGCGGCGCAAUAUUUCCACUGAGUGCAUCAGCACCCAAACCUUCAGACAACUCACACAGGAGCUGGACAGCCUCAAGGAUGACAUAGAAGCCUAUAAGACCCAGAACAAGUUCCUAAACUCUGAGAUCUAUCAGCUGACCAGACUGUGGCAGAACAGCUCAGAACAGGAGAAAAGUCUUAUGGUGAAGUGUGCUUAUCUGGAGGCCAGCAACUGUCAGAUGGAGAGUCGGUACCUGGGGGUCCUAAGAAAACUUCAGGAGAACAAAGAGCUGACUGCAGCGCAGAGAGACACUGUGAGGACACUGAUAGAGGAUGCACUGCAGGAAAACCUGAAAGAUGUUAUCAAAUUCAACAGUGUCAGGGAGUAUGAUGAGUAUGGCUUUAAGCUCGUCCCUGACUAUGAGGUGGAGGAGAUGAAGCUGCUGUCUAAAAUCCAGGCUCUGGAGAUACGCUCCAACAACCUGCUCAGCCAGGAUGUGGGGGACAGGUCGGUGCUGGCCCGCUGGACGCAGUACCUAGGCGGACGCUCCCCAGAUGAUCUCUCCUCGUCUCCGGAGCUGAAGGUCCUCCUGCGGUGGGGCAUCCCACGUGAGUACCGACGGCGAGUGUGGCGCUGGAUGGUGCGGACCGUGACCCGCUCACUCCAGGAGCGACACCCAAACCUCUUCCAGCAGCUGUGCGAGAAGAGCCGCAACACGCCACACCCAGCGUCCAGACAGAUCCAGCUGGACCUGCACCGCACACUGACCACCAACCAGCACUUCUGCUCCCCCUCCAGCCCGGCCUUGGAGCAGCUCCAUCGGGUCCUGCUCGCUUUCGCCUGGCAGAACCCCACCGUUGGCUACUGCCAGGGACUCAACAGGCUGGCUGCUCUCGCCUUGCUGGUGCUACAGAAUGAGGAAGACGCUUUCUGGUGCCUGGUGGCCAUAGUACAGUUUCUCAUGCCUCAGGACUACUACACCAAAACUUUACUGGGCUCUCAGGCUGAUCAGCGUGUGUUUAAGGAGUUUAUGGCAGAGAAGUUGCCACGGCUGGUUGCCCAUCUGGAGGAGCACAAUGUGGAUGUGUCCCUCAUCACCUUUAACUGGUUCAUGGUGGUGUUUGUGGAGAGUCUGCCCAGUGACAUUCUUCUUAAAGUCUGGGACGCCUUCAUCUUCGAAGGCACCAAGGUGAUAUUCCGUUAUGCACUUGCUCUUUUCAAAUACAAGGAGGACGACAUCUUAAAGAUCCAUGACAGUGUGGAAAUCUACCAGUACCUCCGUUUCUUCACCAAAACCGUCACCGACAGCAGGAAGUUGACCAGCAUAGCCUUUGAGGAUUUGAACCCAUUCCCGAUGAAGCUUUUGCGUAACCGGCGGACUUUGCACCUCCAGCGCCUGCAAGCUGAGCUCAGAGAGCUGGAGAAACUGCAGAAAGAGUAUGCCUCAGAGAGCACCCAGCGCAAGGACAAGGACCUAGACUUAAUCGCCAGUGAGGAUGAUGAUGAUGUAUAAAAAGUUACACUUAUGCAUGAGAGGGCUCAGGGCAGAGAUGAAGAUGCACGCACUCACACACCCACAGCCAACAACACAUGUCAUAAUGAGGAAACCGAAAGUGGGUUUUAUCAGUAGAGGGCAUUAGACUCUAUGAUGUGCAAUAUUUGGCACAGUAAAUGAGCUGGUACAGUCAACAAAUGUACUUAAUCUGCUUCCUCAUCCAAAAAACAAACAAACAAAAAUCCUCCCUGACUUUAAUCGUCCCUCUGGAAUCAUAAAACGUAUUUAUGUUCAAGGCUCUGAAGCUUUCCCUCAUUAAGAUUGCAAUACCAAAGAUUCUCCUGUUUUAAACACACAUCAUAAUAGGACACACACUGAAUGUCAUAAAUAAAAAAAAAAAAAGCUUUUAUACUUCAGCACUUAUAGUAAUUUUAUACUAAAGCAUUUAUGUUUGUAAUAAACAUUUUGUAAUAAAA